AUGGUUGGAGGAGGCAUUAUCCAGCAAAUUCUUAGGAGGAAGCUUCACUCCCAAUCAGUUGCUGCUCCGGUACUGUCGUGGUUUUCUUCGAAGAAAGCUCAUGAGGACGCUGCGUCUUCUGGUGUAAGAGCACUUGCCCUCUUGGGUGCUGGUGUUACUGGACUGUUCAGUUUCUCUACAGUAGCAUCUGCUGACGAGGCCGAACACGGAUUGGAGUGUCCAGACUACCCUUGGCCUCAUGAUGGCAUUCUCAGCUCAUACGACCAUGCUUCGAUCCGUCGUGGGCAUCAAGUGUAUCAGCAAGUGUGUGCGUCUUGCCAUUCGAUGUCCCUGAUCUCGUACCGAGAUUUGGUUGGUGUUGCCUACACAGAGGAAGAGGCAAAGGCAAUGGCAGCUGAAAUCGAGGUUGUGGAUGGACCUAAUGAUGAGGGUGAGAUGUUCACCCGUCCUGGUAAGCUCAGUGACAGGUUGCCUCAACCAUACUCGAAUGAAUCAGCUGCAAGGUUUGCUAACGGUGGAGCUUACCCUCCUGAUCUAAGUCUUAUCACUAAGGCUCGUCACAACGGUCAAAAUUACGUCUUUGCUCUUCUGACGGGUUACCGUGACCCUCCUGCUGGAAUUUCGAUUAGAGAGGGGUUACACUACAAUCCUUAUUUCCCUGGGGGAGCAAUUGCUAUGCCGAAAAUGCUCAAUGAUGAAGCUGUUGAGUAUGAAGAUGGUGUCCCCGCCACUGAGGCUCAGAUGGGUAAAGAUGUUGUAUCAUUCUUGUCUUGGGCAGCUGAACCAGAAAUGGAAGAGAGGAAAUUGAUGGGAUUCAAAUGGAUAUUCCUACUGUCUCUCGCUCUGCUCCAAGCAGCGUACUACAGGAGACUGAGAUGGUCGGUUCUCAAGUCCCGCAAGCUGGUUCUCGACGUGGUGAACUAA